UGGCAGGUAGUGAUGUAGGAGGAGGAAUAUUGGAACAAGUUGGUCACUCCUCCAUCGUCUGCUGCCUCUCCUGCUGCCUCUCCUGCUGCCUCUCCUGCUGCCUCUCCUGCUGCCUCACUCAGUCAUGAUCAUUCUACGCAAGCUUUCGCUCGCUCCGCGAUUGGUUGGUGCUAGAAUAAGAGGUUGCCAGAAGCAUACACUACCAGAUUUGCCCUAUGACUACAGCGCCCUAGAACCAGUCAUCAGUGCUGAAAUUAUGCAACUGCAUCACUCCAAACACCACCAAACCUAUAUCAACAAUCUUAAUGUAGCAGAGGAGAAAUUAGCAGAAGCUAAAGCCAAAAGUGACAUCAGUACAGUUAUAGCACUUGCUCCAGCACUGAAGUUUAAUGGUGGUGGCCACAUAAAUCACUCAAUCUUUUGGAAGAACUUGUCACCAGAUGGUGGAGAACCACAAGGGGAAUUACUGACUGCUAUCAACCGAGACUUUGGGAGUCUUGAUGGUUUGAAAAGUCAGCUUUCUGCAGCAACAGUAGCUAUACAAGGUUCAGGUUGGGGUUGGCUGGGCUAUAAUAAGCAGAAGAAAAUAUUACAAAUUGCCACUUGUCCUAAUCAGGAUCCACUGGAAGCAACUACAGGUCUUAUUCCCCUCUUUGGAAUUGAUGUGUGGGAGCAUGCCUACUACCUCCAGUAUAAAAACGUACGCCCAGAUUAUGUUAAUGCUAUAUGGAAAGUUGCAAAUUGGAAGGACAUUAUAACAAGGUUUAAUGCAGCUCAGUAAGUUGUUGCAGUUGUACUUUGUCUGUGAUGAAAGAAAUAUAAAUGAUUGUUUUUAAAGAUGGAAAUCCACAUAAUGCAUGUUUCCUUAUGCUCUUUUUGUAUCACUUGAAAUUAAAGUGAAAAUGUAUACAGUUCUAAAUUUUAUUAACAUCAUUUACAUGGAAAUAUUUAAACCUGACAUUAUAGUAAUGUCUAUGUUAUGUGACAUUUAGUAAUUGAUUCCAAAUGCUGUAAUAAGUACUGUAAUCAGCUUUUCGAUUUUCUGCUCAAGAGUUGCCUUAACAAGUACAUUUCAGUAUCUUUGGAAGUCAUAGGGCUGGAAAUGUAAAUAAUAUUCUUAUUGACUUAUGUGGACUAUAGCUUUGAUAUGUUAAUAAAGGAAUAUUUAGCAAGCAAUAA